AUGAGCAUUACAUACGAUGUUUUCCGCGGUUCUGCCGAGGGUAAGAUCAUCGCCGAUAAGACCACUGCUUCGCUUGAUCUGAAUGAGGUCUUUAUUGAAACCACGCACUCCGGUCUAUGCGGAACCGAUGAGCAUUACUUGAAAGCAGACAUGGUCUUAGGCCAUGAGGGUGUUGGUAUUGUGAAAGCAAUUGGUCCCAAGGUCUCCUCCGUGAAGGUCGGAGACCGUGUCGGAUUUGGUUACACUCACAAGGUUUGCACAGAGUGUGACAACUGCGUGUCCGGUACUAUCAUUUCCCUGAAUGCUCCUCGUGUACUCAAGCUAAUUAAUGCGCUAUUAGGUUGGGAUCAAUACUGUAGGAAUCAGAAGCAAUAUGGAUUUCAUGACUCGGCCAAUGGAACUUUCAGCUACGGUGCUAUCUGGGAUGCUACUUGUGUUUACCCCAUCCCCGAAGGCUAUGAUUCUGUGCACGCUGCGCCUCUCAUGUGUGCCGGUGCUACAGUUUGGACUAUCCUGACCGAGUAUAAUGUUCGCUCUACCGACCGUGUUGCUGUUAUGGGUGUCGGUGGUUUGGGUCAUUUGGCCAUCAAGAUUGCUAGCGAAAUGGGAUGCAACGUUGUUGUACUAUCAAGCUCCGAAUCCAAGCGUCAAGAAGCGAUGGAUUAUGGUGCCUCGGAGUAUCAUGUUUUCCGAUCUGGUGGAGAGCCUCCCGUGGACUUCAAGCCUGUCGACCAUCUCCUUCUAUGCGGCAGUGGCAGCGUUGAUUACCUUUCGCUUAUCCCUUUGAUGAACACACAUGGUAGCAUCUAUCCUUUGACGGUCGCCUUUGAACCCUCCGCGGUUCCCCUUUUGGAUAUGGUCUGGAAGGGCGUCCGGGUCCAGGGCUCGCUAGUCGCCUCCCGCCGCUCAAUCCGCACUCUGUUGGAGUUUGCCGCAAGAAAGAAGAUUCAUCCCACUACCAUGACCUUUCCAUUGAACAAAGAAGGCAUUGAAGAGGCUAUGAAGACCCUGAGAGAGGGUAAGAUGAGAUACAGAGGUGUGCUGGUCAAGCAAUAG